UGUCGUUCUUUGCCACUGCACUUGUGAUCACAUCACUACUUCAGCACUCCUCUAAAGCCUUCAUCUCUACAGCUCACAUCUCUACAAUCCCCAGAGUCUCGUUUCAACAUGUCCAUGGCCACCAAAGCAGUCAACAAAGUCCUCAAAAACCGGAUGGCUCAAUAUGCACCCAUCGAUCCAUACUACGAAGAAGUGGUAGAUGAGAAAACUGGCAAGACGAAAAAAGCAAAGCGAAAGGUUCCAGAUGGUCUUUCCAAACGAGAUGCCAAAGCCCUCAAAAAGAUCAGGAAGAGGGCCCAUUACCUCGACAAAGGGAUGCACAUUUGUGGAUUCAGAGUUGGAUGGACAUUCUGGAUUGGUAUCAUUCCCGGAGCUGGUGAUGUCGUCGAUGCGGCUCUCAAUUAUUUCUUGGUUUACCGCCCAGCCGGCAAGUUGGACAUUCCUUCUGACCUCAAGGCAAAGAUGUUGAUCAACAACAUGGUCUCUGCUGGUCUAGGAGUCGUGCCAGUCGUCGGAGACAUUGGUUUGGCGGCGUGGCGAGCAAAUUCAAGGAAUGCCUUAUUGCUCGAAGCGUACCUUGCUAUCAGGGCUCAAGAGUAUCUCGCCAGCCUCGGACACGUUCAAUCGGACCUCGCUGCGAUGGACGGUAUCUCAGCUGCGGAUCUCAGAAAGCUGUUCGCUCCUGGUUCUGGAAUGCACCUGGACGGAGUAGAGGGGACGAACACGGCGCAGAUGAGCAUGGCCACGGGAGCAACCAGUACCACGCCCGGUGCGCCCCCAAAGCUCCCAGCCAGAACGGGAGCCGCUGCUAAGCGAUGACGCACAAGGGUCGAUGUUGUUGCAAAGGUUCAAACGGACCCACUGCCCUUAGCAUUGGCAGGUUGAUCGAAGGGGUACCCUCCCCGACAUACCCAUAUACACGGUUGUUGUUUGUCUAUAGUAAGAUCCGUACAGAUAUGCAUCGCGACAUGUAGCUU